ACACGUAGUACACGGUAGCACCGCGACGAGGACGCACACGGCUCGUAUCACGUCGCUUUGGUAGUUAGUAGUCGGUAGACUCGCUUCGAGCCAGUCUCACUUCGGUCCAGUGGCGCAGUCGCGUUACGCGUAUACAUUUUUUCGUAUCUCCAACCACUACCAGCGGGGCAUCACCAUCGCUACACCACCACCACUACUACUACUACUACUACCAGCGUCGCUGUUACCACCGCUACCACCACCUGCAUCGUCGAGCGUGUCAACAUACACGUAAACGUCAGCAGGACUACCAAGCCACAUCGGGUUGUUCCUGGAAAAUAAGCAAGAGAACAUUUACGAACAUUUUCGAAACGGCGCGAGAAUGAAGCUGUGGUGGAGUUUGGCGCUGGUCGGUGUCGCCCUGUUGAUGAUCAUCGUCACCACCAGAGCGGAAUCUGAUCUAUGGGAGGAAGAUGACAAGGAGGUUCUUGUACGAACUGUUCGUGGCACCAAAGAACGAGCAUCCGGUAGCACUUCGUCGUGCAGAUACGUGAAGGGUCAAUGGUCGGAAUGCGACUCGAAAACCAACACACGGUCCCGCACACUGAACCUUAAAAAGGGAGACAAGUCCUGCGAGCAGACCAAGACCAUCCAAAAAAAGUGUAAAAAAGCUUGCCGGUACGAAAAGGGCACGUGGAGCGGAUGUGUGAAUCAGCUGAUGACGAGAGUGGACAAUUUGAAGGCAAACAGUGACGCCUCCUGCGAGAAGACGCGCCGGCUGACCAAAAGGUGUAAACCGGAGACCAACACUAAAAAAUCUCCUAAAGGAGACCGAGCAAGCAAGAAGUCGGGUAAGCAGUAAACAGAAAAAAUCGUCGAUCAUACAAAAUGGUGCGCGGCGAUCUGUUUCGACAACAGGCAACGAAAACACAAUCUUGUCUUUUCCAUGUGAAACUCUAAUUUUCAAACAAAUACUAUUUAGCGUGAGCGUAUGAAAUGAAAGGGACGAAGAAACGGAAACGUUCUGUAUUUUAUAGUACUGGCAGUGAUUGUAAUUGAAAAAAAGAAAUUUCUUAAAUACGAUCUGUAAAUCUGACUUUCGAACGUUUUCGAAUGUUGCUGUCGGUACAAGCUCGAUCGUCGGUAAUAAUUAUCGAUCGUAUAUGUCGGCUGUUUUCAGAAUUACUUCCAUUAUAUGUGGCCAAAUAUUAUUAAUCACUAUGCGAAUAUGCAGUAAACCGCAUAGUUGCAUUCAAUAUUGUUCUUCUUAACAGUUCUGCCGACUCUGUAAUUGCUGUGUACCAAUUUACAUGUGAAUAUUACGGAUCUUGUCCUCGAUACAGUAGCAUAAUGAAGUCAUUAACAUUCCUUAUUAUUCCUUAUUAUAAUAAUAUUCUUUUGUAAUUCUUUUACUUGGUUUCCAUUUUUUAAUUGUCGAGUCUUUAAAUAUAAUAAGUAAUUCAAUGAUUAGCCGUAAAUAUAAGUGAUAAAAUAGUUGAUUGUUACUUCUUUUAAGAAAAUCAUCUUUCUUUUUUUAUAUUUUUUAUUACAAUUAUUAGACUAUGCUACUAUACCGAUGAUGAAACGUUCCAAGAUAUAGUAAUUGUAUAGCAAUACGCUAUGGUAAACCUCUAGUUUCAAGAAUUAACACGAAACUACUGCCGUUGAGAUUCUUCGCGAAAUAUAUUCUUGCUAGAAUAUACAUCUCGUUACGAACCCAUUCGAUUUUUCAGCGUUAUAUGAUUAUCGAUCAUAGCGUGCUAGAAAUCCCCAGUUAGAAGUAGUUUAUCUUUUUUUUCAGUAUGCGUCGAAAGAUUAAAGGAUCGAAGGAUUGAAGGAACAAAAUAAUAAACUCUAUGUUUUUAAAAUGCCCAUUAACUUUGUCUUCCUCUAAAGAAUAAACGAUCUCGCUAUUGACGCAAAUGUUCAAUUCAUUGAAUCCGCUAGAAGUCUUUUCCGCACACAUUCUUACGCGUAAUGUGUUUUAAGCUGACUCUCUGUUCGGUUUAUUUUUUCAUUGACAAUAUUUAUACUUAAAACCAGGUACAAUGUUUGUGGACAAAGAUUAUAUCUUCUCAACUAUCGCAUAGAUAAUAUACAGUGUUCGAUGUUAACUAUGUCUUAUACAUCCAAAGGUUUCCAAACUUCGCGGACGUUUUUAUUUUUAUUAGGACAUAAUCGAGGUUACAACGCAAUUCGUAAAUUUAAUUAUAGUAAUGAUAAAAGAAAAGAACCUACUCUUUUGUAAGGAAAGAAAUUAUAAUUAAAAAUAAAUAAAUAUUUCUCGUAAUUGUUGAAAUGAAAUAAUUUGGAAAGUGUUAUUUAAAAACUGCCGCGUCCUUAAGUUUGGGAAUCAGCGACGUACGUAAUAAGCACGAUUUAAUAAUUAUUACCAUUCUCCGAUAUGUACUAAUGAUUCUUCUCGACAAGACGUAAACCUUGCAUAAAAUGAAACGUCGAUAUAUACAGUCGUUAUAUGUGUCUCGUAUUAUCUCUGAAUGGAAAAACUUAAUAAUAACGAAAGCCAAAUGAGCAUGAAAAUCAAAUUAACAUAAUGCAAAGUCUCAGGCAUCUCGUAGAUCCGGGGGCUAAUUAAAUUAAUUAGAACUCGUCUCUACGAGGUGUUCCAUUGAAACUAUAGAAAUCAAACCUUUCCCCCUCCCGAAUACAAGAUUGUAUUUGUUUUUAAGUCUAGAUGUAUACAAAACAAGAGGAAAAUUCGACAAAGUCAAGUCAGCUGAUUCAGGUAAUGAUGCUGGAUAUAUACGGCGUAUCUGUAUAAAAAGAAAAGUAAAAAGAACAACUCUGCGAACAUGCGCACUAUACGGAUCGAUCGUAUUGAUCGGUAUCAAUGAUCGUAGAUUAGACUACAUAUGUACAUCAUAUCAUCAUUAUGCAUAAAAAAAAGAAAAGAUAAAAAAACGAAUCUAUCGAUAGAGUAAGAUAGCAUUACGUUCUAUGGUUUCUUCUAAUUAACUACCAUUAAACGUCUACUAAAACGUAAUUAAAUAAUAACAUGCUUGACCUCUAUUUGUGUGGAACUCGAUGGGAGUUCUUCGUGUUUUAAACGCAUUGUAACAUAGCAUAAUAACGAUAGAAGGUACGCUAACGAUUAGAGAUUAAAAUUGUUCUUAAAACGCGAGUGAAGUAUCAUGGCGAGAGGAAGCGUUAAUUGCUUUUUCAAAUUUCGAUCCAUCAUUGUACUUGCAACAUAAUCAAAAGUCUUUCCAAUUUUGUGUUAUUGAAUUGUUUGAUUAUGCCAUUCGAAGUUUUUUAAAUCAUUCAUAGUAUUCACGUUAAUAGAUUAAACAUGUUUAGCGAAUUUGAAACCAAAUAAUAAAACCGGAGAAGAAAUUCUGUUCUCGGUAUCUUUCUAUAUAGUAGUUGCGGACGAGUUUAAAUCAGAUCAAAACAAAGCGAGAAAUAUUAGUCGAUUAAGGAGGGCAUGUUCGAAAGAAAGAUGUCUUCAAUAGGAAGUUCAGGUUUUAGUUGCCUAGGCCCUAGGCAAUCGAAUCAAAUUCAUAUUUCUUAAAUCAAAUAUCUCGUAGCUCGUGGGAAAUCGUCGUCAGUAAUUUAUUUACAAGCUGACGUUAUAACUGAACGCAAAAAUUGUAUAAUGUAUCUACUUACUUAUUAAAUAAUUGUGUAACCGUUACACAUGUAAUAAAAAUCCAAUGUUGUCAAUAAAAACUAAAUAUUAUAUACAAAA